AUGACUUACUACCUUUGGAAGUAUUUCUUCCUCGGUAAAAGAAGAAAACGUCACAGAAGAGCACAUCAAGUGUCUGCUCCUCCUUCCUUAGGAGAACAAUUCCUUGCUCAUGUGGAAGACCAGGCAGAUGGCCCACAUGAAUAUACCUUAGUAAAAAAACGCAGAAAACCAAGAUCUGCUCCAGUGAGAAGGAGGAAAAGGGAGCGUGCCGCCCGCCGUGUUGGUCACCGCACCAUUAUUGAUAUUCAUUUAGAAGUCUUAGACGAAUGUCAAAAAGGGGACCUGCAUUCGACGAAGGAAGACUUUUUUGAAAUUUUGGUUCGAGAAUUUAUGGAGAGCGAAUUCAUGAAAGAAGAAAUUAUUCCUAUGAAACAUGUUCCAAGUUUAGAUUCCGGGUUUAGGGAGGAAGACUUUGUUUCUAAGGAUGAUGUUUCCAAGAUAGAGGUUCCAAGUUCAGAUUCCGGGGUUUAG